CCAGUCUCGCGGUCUCGCCCUCCUCGCGCGUGAUUGGCCGCUGCGCGAAAUCAAAUCUCAUUUGGCGCUCGGUUCGAAAACUGGCGGUUGGAGCUUUGCAUGGUCAGUUAAUCCCGAUGCUGGACGUUUUUUCGUAAUUUUCGCUGAGUUAGAACGCAUCCCUGAGGCGAUAUUAGUAAACCAAGGACGUCGUCACACAAUGGAGAACUACGUCAAGGUGGAAAAGAUCGGUGAAGGUACAUAUGGGAUUGUGUACAAGGGAAAGGACAAGCGUGAUGGGAAGAUCGUGGCACUGAAGAAGAUUCGCCUUGAGAGCGAAGAUGAAGGUGUUCCAUCUACAGCCAUACGAGAAAUCGCUCUGCUCAAGGAGCUGAGACACAAGCACAUUGUUAGGUUGGAAGAUGUACUCAUGGAGGGUAGUGACAAAAUCUACCUUGUGUUUGAGUACCUUUCAAUGGAUCUCAAGAAGUACCUUGAUGGAUUUGAGAAGAAUGAGAACAUUGCCAAGCCACUUGUUAAGAGCUACUUAAAGCAGAUCCUUGAGGCCAUUUUGUUCUGCCACCAGCGGCGUGUGCUUCACCGUGACCUGAAGCCCCAGAAUCUGCUCAUUGACCAGAAGGGCACGAUCAAGGUGGCAGACUUUGGUCUGGCCCGUGCUUUUGGCAUCCCCGUCCGUGUCUAUACCCAUGAAGUGGUUACCCUGUGGUACAGAGCUCCCGAGGUACUCUUGGGUGCUCAGCGAUACUCCACUCCAGUUGACAUUUGGAGUAUUGGUUGUAUCUUUGUUGAAAUGAUCAACCGCAGACCUCUGUUCCAUGGGGACUCUGAGAUUGACCAGCUUUUCCGCAUUUUCAGGACUCUUGGCACCCCUACCGAGCAGACUUGGCCAGAUGUCGCCACACUUCCUGACUACAAGCCAAGUUUCCCCAGCUGGAAGGAAAACAUCCUGCCCACCCUGCUUCCUGACAUGGGCAACAAGGCCAUAGACCUGCUCAACAAAAUGCUGGUCUACAAUCCUGCCAAAAGAAUCUCGGCCCGGGAUGCCCUCAAGCACCAGUAUUUUGAUUAAACACCUUACAGACAGGAUGGCCUUUACACAUUUUAGGUUCUAUUGAAUAUAGUUGAACUUGGGGGCCUUCACUGUUUUGCCCAUUCGAGGUAUUGUAUGGGAAGAGGGACCAAGGAGUCAACUGUGUUGUCUAAAGGCAUUACAUCAGGUUGGUUUUAUUGUUUUAUUUUAGGUAUUUUUUAUAGCUGGUGUGUGUAUGUGUGUGUGUAAAUUUUAUGCAAGAUUGUGUUUAUAAUUACUUUUUAUGUACAGCCUCAUUUAUACACAUUAGAAAUAACAUUGUAUAGUUGUGUACCUCAUUAGCAGCACCCUAUCUUUUUGCAUGUGCACUGUUGUAUUUAAGACUACUGCCAUAAGUCUAGGUAACUGAACAGGUUGAUCAGGUGGUGUCUACACAGAAGCAUGUUAUAAUUUCAGCUGCUAGAAUCACCAGAGGUUAAAGUGGUUUGCUAGCUGUUUAACUUCCUCAUUGCAGCCUGCUGCACCCCCUAUCCUCCUCCAGUCUUUUGUUCUUUUGGCUAUAAUUUUGUGGUACGUGUAAGUGUAAAUUGAGCACAACAAGUCUAAUGCUCAGAAGUGUAAAUUUUGGUGUCUCAACCCCUAUAAAGGGCGUCUCGCAAAUCCUUUGAGAAUCAUUCAACUAUAAGUAGUCUAUGCAGUUUGUGCAUUUUGCAGCCUCGGGCGAGAUGUGGCAUUCAUAUCGGCUGCAUCUGCUUCAGUGGGUGUGGUGGUGGGAGUAAGAGAAAUAAAUUCACAUUUUAGGUUCUAUUCAAUGUAGUUGAACUUGGGGACCCUCACUGUUUUGCCCAUUCGUGGUAUUGUAUGGGAAGAGGGACCAAGGAGCUAACUGUGUUGUCUAAAGGCAUUACAUCAGUUUUUUUUUAUUUUAUUUUAGAUACUUUUUUAUAGCUGUGUGUGUGUGUGUAAAUUGUGUUUGUGCAGCAUUUUCCCUGCUUCUUAUUUUUCUUGUACGUCAUGUGGCUGUAUUAGUUUGCUAUACGAGUUAUUUUUUUUUAAUUAGAGUGUUUUUCUCUCUCUUGAAGUUUCUCAUGCAUAAUGGCAAGUGUGCUGCCUUUCUUUUAAGUUAAUGCUGCUGAUUUUGUGCAUGUUAGCUAAGUGGUGUGCAGUGUGCUUGAGUGUACAGUGUGUAACAACAGCCUUAUAGCUGGCAAAGCUGUAUAGACAGGUGUCCGUGCUGCACAAUUGACAACUCUGGAGUGCUGCAAUUUUU